AUGGCCGGUUUGAACAGAACAAAUGACAUACCAAGUUGGGUACCACAAAUUGGCAUGAAAUUCAACACUUUGGAUGAGGCUUGGUAUUUUUGGCAGCAUUACGGGGUUAGGAUUGGGUUUGGUGUCAGGAAGAGAUACUCAAAUCUGCAAGAAACAUGCCACCUCAUGCCAUCACAGCGAAAAAUAUCUGAAAUUCAAGUUAUCGAGAUUGACAUUGCUGAUGAUUCAGGCAUUCAGCCCAAAGUUGCACAUGAGGCAGCUAGCCGGCGAGUUAGUGGAUCAUCCUUUAUUACCUAUACUCGCCAGGAUCACAAAAAUUACUUGCGUACCAAGCGCCAAAGGGAGCUAGCAUAUGGUGAAGCAGGGAGUAUGUUGAAGUAUUUUCAAGAUAGAAUUGCUGAGAACACAUCAUUCCAAUAUGCCAUACAAUUGGACUGUGAAGAGCAGAUCACAGAUAUAUUUUGGGCUGAUGCUAAGAUGAUAAUUGAUUAUGCUAAUUUCGGUGAUGUUGUAACUUUUGACACUACUUUUGGAACAAAUAAAGAACAUAGGCCGUUUGGUGUAUUUGUUGGGUUCAACCAUUUCAGAGAAACAAUUAUUUUUGGUGCUUGCCUUUUGUAUGAUGAAACAUUUGAUUCUUUCAAAUGGCUUUUUGAAACGUUUGUGUCAAUUCAUAAUCAGAGGCACCCUAGAACCAUCUAUACAGAUCAAGAUGCUGCAAUGGGAAAGGCAGUGGAGCAUGUAUUUUCAACAACACAACAUGGGUUAUGCACUUUUCACAUAAUGCAAAAUGCUGUGAAACAUCUAUCUCGUCACAGGGAGAAGGAAGAGGAAGAGGAAGAGGAAGAGGAUGAUGGGUCAAAUAUUCUUGCAGAUUUCAGUGCUUGCAUGUUCGAGUAUGAGGACAAGGCAAAAUUUGAGGAAGCUUUUGACAUCAUGAGAACUAAAGUAGAGAAGCAUACUUGGUUUGAUAGCAUCUAUAAGGUGAAAGAGAAGUGGGCUGAAUGUUAUAUGAGAGAUGCUUUUACCUUGGGAAUGAGAAGUACACAACUAAGUGAAAGCUUGAACAAUGACCUCAAGCAUCAUUUGAAAGCAAAUCUUGAUGUGAUUCGUUUUUUCAAGCAUUUUGAAAGAGCUGUGCAAGGGAAACGAGACAUUGAGUUGGAUUCAGAGUUUGAGUCAAAGGAACUAAAAUUUUCAAACUUGACCACUAAGGUAGCUGGUUCCCAAGAAUGCUGUAUUUUACUUGAGAAUGCACUUGAUACUGUUGGUAAGGAGGUUGAGGCUAGAAUGAAAAACGGAAGUGAAAGUAAAGACAAUGAAGGAUGUGAUACGCAAGUGAUGCCUGAAUCAAAUGAACUUUUAUCAGCUGCACGCCUAAAGAAAAAAUCUCCAAAGAAGAAAACUGCAAAGAGAAAGCUAAGUUGGGUUGACAAGUUUCACAAGAAAAGGAAGACAGGACGAGCUACUGGAUCACAAGAGUUACCAAAGCAACAAGAAAAUAGGAGGAAAACUUCCCAGCGGCAACAUAAUGAUAGGAGGAAAAAAACCCAGCAACAAGAAAAUAGACCAAAAACUUCCCAGCAAGAGGAAAACAGAAUGGAGACAUCACAAAGUCAAUCAGAGAGUGGUCUUGGGAGCAUUCUGAAUGAUUCUGAAGGUCAUGGAUUCCUUACAAGUUUCACUGAUUUGCUGACGGUUGGGAGUGUCGACAUUGAUGCAGAAGAAUUUUUUCUGUCACAUGGCAAACUUCAGUAG